UUUAGUUUCCGGGUUGGGGCGGCGACAUAUCACCCACUUCUGUUUAAGUUGCAAACACAGAUCUCGGGGAAGAGAGAGAUUGUGGUGGGGAGUGGCGGUUUGUUCAGAGAAGCUGGAAGGAGUGACGUGCCGAGGACACAUGGCGGCGAGGAGUGAGAGAAGUCCACCCAGUUCCUUAGAGUCCCAGGCAGCCGGCAAUCAGCGCGGUUUCCCGAAGGAAAUCCUGACGGCAAAAGUCGAAGACAAGUACCUGUGCGUCGAGUGUCACGGAAUCCUCCGGAAACCCUUCCAGGUUCAAUGCGGUCACCGGUUCUGCGCCUCCUGUUUAAAGUGGAUCGUUAGCUCGAGCCCCCAGAAAUGUGCAGCGUGCAUCGAAGAGGAUAUUUAUGAAGAUCCUACGUCGAUCUUGAACGAAACCUCGGCCUUUCCCGACAAUGCGGCUCGUCGGGAGGUGGAGAGCAUGUUGGCCGUUUGUAUUAACCAGGGCUGCUCGUGGAAGGGCACAGUCAGGCAAUAUGAGACCACUCACGAGGGAAGGUGUGAGUUUAUGCAGGUGCACUGUGAAGCCUGCAGGAGCCUGGUGAGGCAGGUGGAUCUGGCCCGGCACUUGGAGCGAGAGUGCUUAGAACGCAGCCUGAACUGCAAGUUCUGCAAAUCCUCUUUCCAUUACAAAGAGAUCAAGGCUCACGACGAAAUCUGCCCUAAAUUCCCGAUAACCUGCGAAUGGUGCGGCAAGAGGAAAAUUCCACGUGAAAAGUAUACAGAUCAUCUCCGGGGGUGCGGGAAAGUGAAGCUGCCAUGUCGAUUCUGCGCAAUUGGCUGUGAUGCUACAGCUGAAAAGGAGAGUCUGAUGGAGCACGAGAGUCAGUGCAUACUGGAGCACUUGCAGUUGAUGCUACAGAGUGUCUUGGAUACAAAGCAGGAAGUGCGGAGCUUGGAGCCCGAGAGCGUGAAGGAGGCUGGAGACAAAGUGAGCCGGAUGCUGAGCUCCGUGCGAGAAUUAGAGGAAAUCCUGGGUCCCUUUCAGUCCCUCUCACUGGGGCAGCGAGCCAGGGACUUGCCUGGGGCCCUCCCCGUCACGGAGCUGGAGAAGCAGUUUGUCACUGGACGACAGAAGGUGGAGGAGAUACUGAGGCGGUGCGGAACCGUCGAGCUGAAGAUCGGAACCUUUGAAAACAUCGUCUGUGUCCUGAACCGCGAGGUGGAGAGGGCGUCCGUGACCAUGACCGCUUAUGAUCAGCAGCACAAGCUGGACACAGAGAAGAUCGAGGCUCUACAGGCCAAGGUCCGGCAGCUGGAGCGAGCGGCAGCUCUGAAGGACCUGGCCAUCGCUGAGCUGGAGCUGCAGGUCCAGGUGUUCGAGUACAUCACCUAUGAUGGGGUGUUCAUUUGGAAGAUCUCGGAUUUCAACCGGAGGCGGCAGGAGGCCAUGUCGGGCCGGGCAGCAGCCAUAUUCUCCCCAGCUUUCUACACGAGCAAGUACGGCUACAAGAUGUGUCUCCGCAUUUACCUGAAUGGCGAUGGCGUGGGCCGGGGAUCUCAUGUGUCCCUGUUUUUCGUGGUUAUGAGGGGGAACUACGAUGCCUUGUUGAGGUGGCCCUUUAAACAGAAGGUGACUUUGAUGUUGAUGGACCAGAACAACCGUGAGCACGUGAUCGAUGCCUUCAGACCGGAUGUCUCCUCGUCCUCGUUCCAGAGACCCGUGGGUGACAUGAACAUCGCCAGCGGGUGUCCGCUCUUCUGCCCUCUCACCAAGCUGGAGAGCAAGAACAGCUACACAAGGGACGACACCAUCUUCAUUAAAGCUAUUGUGGAUUUAACGGACCUGUGAUCCCGCCAUCAGUGAGCUAUGGUCUGUCAGCUGUGAUCUCACAGCCAGUGAUGUGUGUUCUCGCUGUAGGUGACCCGUGUUCCCACUGUCAGCGACCUGGGAAUCCCACCAACAGUGGGAGUGAGUAGCAAUGCAAUCGAGAGGAACAUUUGUGAGUUUCCGAGCUUUUGAGAGCCUGCUAGCUUGCCUGCCAGUGAAAUCCAGCCGCUGGUUAGAUUAAUAACAUAUGGGGUGUGCAGAAUGCACGAGUGCGUGUGAGGGAGUGCGUGCUGAAUACAGAUGUGGUGUGCAGAGUGCGAGGAUGCAUGUGAGGCAGUGCGUGCUGAAUACAGAUGUGGUUCCAGAUAACAUUGUGUCGUGCGCUUAGUUCGUGAGGCCGGUUGUUAUGAAUUGCGACAUUGAGUGAUUUUACUUUCCUUCUGAAGAGUGCUCCUCAUAGCAGUCUCUCUUCCCCUGAUGUUUGAGAGGUGCCUCUUCUCUGGACAGGACUUUUGGUUGCAAGCACAGCCAGCGGUUGAAGUGGCCGCUUCUCUCGGUGACCGAAGGUUAGGAAAAGUCCUUGCUGAGCACGGAAGGUGCUUCAUCUGCAGGAGUGGCCCGUCAACCACGGGAAGUGCUUAUAACAGAAAGUUCUGGACACUGCAGAACCAUCAGCUUAAAAUCAGGAAGCACAGUGGAUGUGCCUCAAACUUGUGGGUGUGUGUGUUGGUGUGGGUGUGUGUCUGUGUGUGUGUGUGAGAGAGAGAGAUGUCUCCCAUCUCCAUUUCCCCAGAGAUGUUGCUGACGAUGCCAACAGCUCACGGCUCCCCUCCAGCGUAGGGAAUCUCAUUGGAAGCUCGGGGCCGCCUGGCACUUAGCUUGGGGUUUGGUCAGGUCUCCGCUCGCUCACUAGAUGGAGAGUGGCGUGCACGCAAGACAGUGCUCGGGGGAGAAGAGAGGAACGACUGAGGGUGGGAGUCUAUUUGUCCGCCAAUCGGUAGAACUAGCAAAUGUUUCGCUGCAAUGUGGAAUCCAAAGGGAAUGGAAAAAGUUGCCAGUUUUGCUGAUUGGUGCACGAGUGACUUCUGCUUCCCCCAUUGCACUCCCAGCCUGGCUCGAAGUAACAUGAAUAAAUUUCUGCAGGACACUGUGGACCAUAUUAUAUCUGGAUCAAAGAGACAUCAAAAGUCUGGGCAGAAAAUAAUGCUUAACCCAGCCACUAACAAGCAGCAAGGCCCCCUCCCCCACUCGCCCGCUUCCCACCCCCACUGAUGGAUUCCGAGAGUAAAACCAAAGUUGCUCGUCCCCCACCAUAUACGUGGACUGCAAAUCUCCUCAGCCUUGGUCGUAGUGAGUUCCGUGGAGGUGACUGACUUUAAAAGGAGUGUGUGUGGUGGUGGGAAGGAGGGGGAGGAAAGAUGAUUUGAAAGCAUUAAUUGAAUACUGCGAUACCUCCACGUCUCAGAAAAUCAUCAUGAGUUUGGGAACUUAGAAUCUGAAGCCUGAAAUUCCACUUUGCCUUAACCUUUAAGAUGGCGGUCUUAGCAUUUCAGAUUGUGCAGAAUUUGGAGAAAAAUGUGAAAAGAGGUCCGCAUUCGGAAGCCGGUUCUGAAGGACUACAGAAAAGUGGCUUCCGAAGUGAUACUGAAUUUAAUUCCGCAUGAUCCGGAAUUUGAAGGCUGUGGUCUUAACGCCAGUGGAAUUUCAGGCCCUAGUUAGUUAGACUGUCACCAGCCGUAAAUGGCUGAUUGACACUGGGAAAGGUUAUAGUACGGCAUGGGCAGUUAUAUGAAUCAAUUUGCCCCUUGAUUCUUUUAUCCAUAUAAUCCAUAUUCUGUUAUUAUUAAUAAUAUAUAUUUUUAAAAACACACAGUAAAACAAGUGCCGAGUGUGUGCAGGGUUGGGCUGAGCGCUCAGGGAUGCUACAUGAAUACAAGUUGUUGUUGUAUGGUUAGGUGGGGAGGGCAGGUGGGUCACGAGUUGAAGGUGGGUGUGGUUGGAGGGGCUAAGGGUGGGACCAGGCUAGAGAUAUUGAUGGGCCAGCAGCUGAGACUGGGUCAAAGAUUCAUACAAUACUAUUGACCAUAGGGACGUUCCAGCUAAGUCCAGGGGGAGCAGUGAGGCAGGGGAGGAGACUUGAUCAUAAGACAGAAGCACAUGCAGCCUGAGGCUGCUUAAUGGUUGCUGGCCUGAAUGAGGGUUAUUCUUCUGAUCCACUGCUAGCCCUAAAUAAGUUUGUUGGGUUUUAUUUUCGUAUGGUUAAGAAACUGAAAAGUUGUGGAGCUCUGGCGAGUAGCAGUGAGAGCUUGUGGAGGGGAGAGGCACUGGGCACCACUACACCAAACUAUAUCUUCAGCAGAAUGGCUUCUGCACCAACACUCAGUGUUGCAUUGAAGUAGAGAUGAAGGCACCAGGAAAACUCUUGCAGAGGAAUACUGUAGGACAGAGUACUCUUUUCAGAUUGUUUAAUAAAAAACAACUCCUUUACUUGCAAAUGACCUCUCAGUCUUUGUAGGUUGACACCGAGAGUGACGUUCACUCUGACAAUUGUCACCAUCAUUUCUUGGGCUGGGAUGGACUUUGCCCAACAAACCGUCAAGUGAGACAAAACGCUGGGAGUUGGAUGAAUUUUAAAAGCUUUGGGCUGUUAGGAAUUUGUGGCUUGCAGGUUGCAGGGCAGGAGGGAGGGGGAGAAGAGGAGGUAAACUGAAUCUGCUGCUGUUGUCUUAGCUUGAAUAGCCCAGGUGCACUGGGCAGUGACCAUAGUAUCCGUGUAAGCACAGUGAGAGAAUGCUGGUUAAAUUACUUAAACCUUGUUCUCCUAGAGUUAAUAGUACGGAGUAAACUGAUAACUCUACCCUGGCUUUACUCGUCACUAGCAGUUAAGUCCUCAUGCCUCAAUAUCCUGGCCGCAUUUAUUUAUAUAUUUAUACAUAUGCCUUACUCGUCACUUCUAGUAACUAGUCACUGAACCCUUUCCCUUUGAUGAGUUAUCAGGGGUUUCCUGUGUUUCAGAUGGCAGAU